GGAUCUCCUUAAAUGCCUCCUGAUCAGCCACUGGUUCAGUAGUGACAGCCAUAGUGUAGGUCUAGGCUAGCGACCAUAGCUGACAGGGUUCUUUCCUUAGAGAGUUUGUCAAUGAGUUCUGCGGGUAGGUCUACGUGGUGAGGAGUGGGACUGUCCUGUCGUGCACCUAUCACCAUGGAUGAUUACCCGAUGUACGGGCUGCUCGUGGGGUUCUCCCUUUGGGGGACCCUUUGGCGUUUCAUUUUCCCAUUGGGAUUCUGGAACACAUUUUCGUGCAGGGGUAGAGACCAAGGGUGGUACGACCACCCACCCCUACACACCUAAAGAAGAGGCCAAGGCCGCCACGAUCCUGAAGGAGAGGAGAGAGAAGAAGGAGGCCAAGAAGAAGGCCUUGUUGGAGGAACAGGCGGCGAAACUGAAGAAGAUAGAGGAGGAGAUGGCCAGAGAAAAGGAAAGAUUGAAGAAGGAGAAGGAGGUGAAACUGAAAGAGGUAGAAGAGGAGGAGGAAGAUGAUCAGCCACUGAAGAGGAGGAGAUGGCAACGAGGGCAAACCGGUGAAGUUAGAGAGGAUGAAAUGGAAAAGAGGAUCUCGGAAUGGGUUGCCAACUUGUCUUUGGGAGAAGAGGAGGAGGUUGCAAUGUAUAUCCCCAAGGACGAGCAAGAAGCCGCCGUUGAAUCAUGGGAUGCAGAAGAAGACCCUCUGAAGCGCCAGGCAAUGGAAGAUGAGACGAGGAUGGAGUGGAAGCUUAGAAUGAUGAGGGAAAAGAAGAGGAGAGUGGAUACGGCGAGUGAGGCGGCCAAAGAAUUAGAAGCGGUAAAGAACUUGAAAGAACAGUUGACCGCCCAGGUGGAUCUCCAACGAAAGGUGGAGAUUAUUGCCCAAAACGUUGAGCGUUUGGCGCGAGGUCAGGAGGAACAAUAUGCGUUUAGCCGGAGUCAGGAUAUGGCUGUACGCUCGAUGAGGAUGGGAUUUCGUGACUUCGCCCGCGAAUUGGUAGGCGCCGUAGGAGCUGAGGUGAAGCAUCGCCUCGAGAAAACAGAGCGCUUCUGCGUCGGCGCCAUUGAAGGUGUCAAACUGGCGACUCCCAAGGAAGAGGAAGCACGUCCCCAUAGGGAGCCAGUCAAAGUCAAAUUUCCUAAUUUCUACAGUGGAAAGAAGGAAGAUAACUUUGACAAUUGGGAGGCUAACGUUAAGACGUAUGUGCACCUGCAGAAGGUGUCUCCCGAUGAGCAGGUCCUCAUCGCCAUCCAUGCGCUAAAGGAAGAAGCCGCCAGUUUUGCACGCUCCUUAGUCCGCGCUGCUAAUUGCAGCGACGACGUGGUUGCCUACUUUGCCUUCACCCCUCUCGCUGACUUUCUUAAGUUGCUGCACGAACGAUUUGCAGAUGUCUCGCGUAGCGUCAGAGCCUCUGAUCAGUUGCAAACCAUCCACUCUCGUCAGUGGAGGAGUGCCAGGGCACUCAAGGGAGUAAUGGACGAGUUAGUGGCUACUCCUGACCAUGGGGUCACAGAGACCCAACUGGUCAACCUCUUCUACCGGGCUAUGCCCGACAAGACCCUUCAAGAGCAUCAGGGUCAUCUCAGGCAGGUCUUGGAGAAGCUGAGAGAAGCUAACUUCAAGAUCAACGCAAAGAAGUGCGAAUGGGCGAAAACCCAAGUGUUGUAUUUGGGCCACGUCUUAGACGGAGACGGCAUUAAGCCAGAGGAUAGUAAGAUUGCCGCGAUCAGGGAUUGGCCUACACCGCGUACGUUGACAGAGUUGCGGUCGUUCUUAGGCCUAGCAAAUUAUUAUAGGAAGUUCGUAAGGAACUUCUCCACUAUCGCUGCGCCCCUUCGCAGAUUGCUAAGGAAAGAGACCAUCUGGAAGUGGGACAAGGACUGCACGUCUGCUAUGAAGAAGUUGACGCAGGCACUGAUAGAGUAUCCAGUCCUUAAGGUGGCCGAUCCGUCCUUACCCAUUGUCGUCACUACGGACGCUAGUCAGUACAACAUAGGUGUUGUUUUGCAGCAAGACGAUGGCAAUGGUUAUAGGCCCGUAGAGUUCAUGUCUGCUAGGAUGCCUUCAGAGAAGGUUGCGACAUCUACCUAUGCGAGGGAACUCUACGCUCUUAGGCAAGCGCUAGAACACUGGAAGCACUACUUGCUUGGGAGGCAUUUCAAAGUCUAUUCUGACCACGAAACGUUGCGAUGGUUAAAAAUGCAGGCCAAGAUGACACCUAAGCUUACUAGGUGGGCCGCAGAAAUAGACCAGUAUGAUUUUGAGCUCAAGGCAGUCGAGGGUAAAUAUAAUGUAGUUGCGGACACUCUGAGUAGGAGCGCUGACUACUUUGGAGAAAUAGUUCACUAUCUGGACAUAGGGAGAGACCUGCAGCAAAAGGUCAAAGACACAUAUGCGCAGGACCCUGUCUAUAGUGACCUCCUCAAGAAAGUAACGGAGGCCCCAGAGAACGAGCCGGAUUACCGCACUACUGACGGACUGUUAUUUGAGAAGACUAACGUAGUUGACCGUCUGUGCAUUCCCAAUAGUGAGGAGAUUCGUAGUCUGAUCUUAGGAGAAUGUCACGACAUAGAGGGUCAUUUUGGUUGGCAAAAGACUCUAGCCAAUCUAAUGCACGCGUACACCUGGCCAGGAAUGAAGAAUGACUGCAUAGAGUAUGUCCGCAGUUGUAAAGUUUGCCAGCGGAAUAAGACUACCACACGUGCCCCGCUAGGUCUUCUCAGACCCUUGCCUAUUCCUGAUCAGCCAGGAGAUUCGGUGUCCAUCGACUUCAUGGACGCUGGCGUUAAGAGUAGGCAUGGCAAGAGCCAAGUUAUGGUGAUAGUCGAUAGAUUUAGCAAGUACGCUGUUUUUAUACCUUUGCCUUCAGAGGCAUGGACCGAGUUAGUGAUCCGUAAGUUCUUUGAUCAUUGGGUCAGUGAGCACGGGGUCCCAUUGUCUAUAGUUAGUGAUAGAGACACCCGGUUCACGAGUCAGAACUGGCAGGAGUUGAUGAGAGUCUAUGGUUCUAAGUUGCUAAUGUCGUCUGACCGUCAUCCAGAGACCAACGGUCAGACUGAACAGAUGAAUAAGAUCCUGCAGCAAGUUCUGAGAAUGCACAUUAGACCAGAUCAAGUUGACUGGGACGAGAUGCUCCCCAAGGUAGCCAGUGCCUAUAACAAUAGUGCGCAAUUGUCUACAUGCCGCACUCCCAAUGAACUGCACAAGUCCUUUAGGCCACGUAGACCGUUUGAAGGACUUAACCGGGAUCAGAUUCAUAGGCUACCGCCCGGUACUAGGGAGUUUGCUAUACAACAUGAGAAAGAACUAGCUACUGUUGUAGAGAAUCUCAGGAAGGCCCAGCAUAGGAUGAUAGAGCAAACCAACAAACAUCGUCGCCCAUCACAGUUCCAAGUAGGCGACUUAGUUUGGGUCAAAGCUAAAGAGUUUGCUCCUGAGGAGAACAUCUCGCAAAAGUUACUGCCCGCGUAUAGAGGACUGUGGCCAGUUCUAGAAGUCAAGGGCGAAGAAGAUGGUCCGUCCUACUCGAUAGAGAUUCCACUACACCUCCACACCUACCCAGUUUUCCAUGCGUCAAAGUUGUUGCCAUGCACAGUAAGUGACCAGUUCCCAUCUGGACGUUCCAUGAUCCCUCCAGACAUGGAUGGGAGGUACAACAUUGACGACAUUGUAGGUGAAGACGUGUUUAGAACAGGAGGUCGAGGUCGUCCUCAAAAACAUUAUAAAGUCAGAUUUGCAUAUCAGGAACCAGAAGACGACUGGUGGUUCACCAGGACUGAACUUCUAGAAACAGCCCCCGACAUAGUCAGGGCCUACGAAAAAGACAGAAAGGGUAAAGGUCCUGCCUUGGACUGAAAUAUUCUCGGAGGACCUCGAAUUUAGGCCGGCUGGAGUGAAACGGUAUUCACCAGUUCGCAGGAGCUGAUGCAGAUUCCAGGGCUCGAUCCCUAGUUCCCACCUCACCUGUGUACAGUACCUGUGUCAACCCGUAGAGUAGAACCUGCGACGUGUAGGACUGCCAGUGGUAGGUAGGUCAUUGUAGGUUACACGGUAUAGGGGAUUCGAACUGUAGACCUGUCGGGUAGGAGUCUAGAGAGUCCAGAGGUCUUAGCUGUAGACUUUCCGAAGGGUCAAAGUCGUAGCUGCUACAGGACCGAAAGGCCAAGUAGAUGCUUCUAGAAGUGGCCUUUCGGAGUCAGCCCACUGUAGGUCAAGGCAAGUGGGCAAGUGGUGGAAGUCCACCGCGCAGAGUCAGCAGUCCCAGUCCAGUCAGUCCGGUCCAGUCAAGCAAGUACCGCCUGGGACUGUGUGCACCGUGGGCCAGGGUAACAGGGCAGGCCGACGAGCUACAGAAGUAUAAAUCAAGAGGCCGCGCACAG